AAAAGGCAACUGGAAGAACGAAGGCUGGAAAGGGAAACGCUCAGGCAGUUAAUGGACGAAUACGAAAGAGUGAUACCCAGACUCGUGGCAGAGACAGAACGUGCGGAUGAAAACGAAGAUUACAUGGAUACUGCCUUAUGUAAAGCUUGUGUAGCCAAUCAACAGAGAUAUGAAGAAACUCAGAAAGAAUUAAAUUCAGUUAAGGGGGCAGACUCGAAAUUGACAGAACUGCGGAGAGAACAUGAGGAAGAGAUGGCCAAACUGACAGAUUCGUUACAGGAAGCAAAAACCCAAUUUCGUAAUGAAUUUGGUCCUUACAACGAACUUAAAGUGGAAGUUGCAACCCUUAAGAAGAAAUACGAUUAUUUUAAAGGUCUACUAGAGGCCAGAUUGAGAGGGCAUACUCCCAUAAACCCUUAA